AUGGUCGCAAAGAUCUUUUUACUAACCGUCCUCCUGGUCGGUGUUAGCUGUCGGUACGUCUCGGUGCCGCAUGGACCCGCAGUAUUGUUAAUUGAUAGUGCCAACUUAUUGGAAGAUGACUUAGAAGAUUUAUACUCUGAUCAUGAAUUUGAAUCUGUAAGGCCAGUUUUCGUAAACUCAAGGGUUCGUCGUCAAAUAGGAGUAGCGAAUACUAACCCUGAUGGGACAGUCAAUUUAAGUGCUAAGGUUCCUAUCGCUGGUAAUGACAAGAACAUUUUGAGUGCUAUCGGCAGUGCUACUGCGCUAAGACCAGAUGGAAAAAGCUAUGGUUCUGUGAGUGGUGGACUGGCUUUGGACAAUGUGAACGGCCAUGGUUUGAGUCUCACAGGCAAACAUAUCCCAGACUUCGGUGAUCAAAUGACUGCAGCCGCUAAAGCGAACCUUUUCCACAAUGACCGUCACGACCUUACAGCUAAUGCCUUCGCUACUAAGACGAUGCCCAACAACCCAAUGAUUCCCGAUUUCAAAACGUAUGGAGCUGGUGUCGACUACAAUUUCAACAAUAAGCUCGGAGCUUCCGUAGGGGCAGCUCACACAGAUCUGUUCAAACGUACAGACUAUUCAGCGAUGGGUAACCUGAACUUGUUCAAGACGCCAUCCUCCUCCCUUGAUUUUAACGCUGGAUAUUCAAAAUCCAUUUCACCGUACAUACCUAAGAGCAAUUGGCAACCAACAUUCGGCAUGUCUUUUUCGAAGUAUUUU